UCAUUUAAUUUGUAGUCCCCAUUUGGUGUUAGCCCGAAAAUUAAUUAAAAAAAAGCAUUUACCACUUCACCGUUACAACACGAUUCUUGAAACAAGUUGAAAAGUUUAGUAUACAUCCAAACUUAAGGAAAAUGUCCAAUUCCACUGCUAACAACCCAAAUGCCAUCACGCAACAGAAGUUGGACAAAUGGCGUAAGGACUUUUACAGCGAACCGAAGAACAUUCUUGCACAGAAUGUCUGCUCGCGUGUGGACCCAUUUGAUGUUUGCUUGUCGCGCAAAUCGCUCGAAAACACCAAUCAUGUAUUUACUUAUAAGGUGGAAAGCGAGGGAAAACCCGUUACUAAUCAAAAAAGUUCCGGCCGUUGUUGGCUUUUUGCUGCGCUCAACUGCAUACGCCUGCCAUUUAUGAAGAGUUUAAAUAUGGAUGAAUUUGAAUUUUCUCAGGGCUACCUAUUCUAUUGGGAUAAAAUUGAGCGUUGCAAUUACUUCCUCAAUAAUAUUGUAAAGACAGCGAAACGCAAUGAGGUCGUGGAUGGGCGCUUGGUGUCAUUCCUAUUAAACGACCCAACAUCCGAUGGCGGCCAAUGGGAUAUGUUAGUUAAUUUAAUUACCAAACAUGGUUUAAUGCCAAAGAAAUGUUUCCCAGAGACUUACAGUUGUGAGGCGAGCAUGCGCAUGAAUGCCAUAUUGAAAAGCAAGCUGCGUGAAUAUGCUAAAGUAUUACGUGAUCUUUUGGAUAAAUCACCUACCGACGACGAGGUUUCGCAAAAGAUUGAUGAAAUGAUGGGUAGUAUCUAUAAGAUAGUUGGCAUCUGCUUGGGCAUUCCCUCCGAACGUUUCACCUGGGAGUAUUAUGACAAAUCCAAAGCAUAUAAAUCGAUUGGACCGAUAACGCCGUUGGAGUUCUACGAAAAUCAUGUAAAACCAAUAUUUAAUGUGGAAGAUAAGGUAUGUUUAGUAAAUGAUCCACGCCCAUCUAGUAUGUACGAUCAAACAUACACAGUUGAUUGCCUCGGCAAUGUCGUGGGUGGCCGCCCAGUGCUUUACAAUAAUCAACCGGUCGAGAAAUUACUGCAGUUGGUUGCUGCAAGCUUAAAAGCCGGUGAAGCCGUUUGGUUUGGUUGUGAAGUCAGUAAACGCUUUGCAUCAAAGCAGGGCAUAGAAGAUUUGAGUGUACACGACUUCAAGUUAGUGUUUGAUGUUGACAUUCAGACGCCAUUGUCCAAGGCGGAUCGCCUUAUUUUCGGUGAAUCAGCCAUGACGCAUGCCAUGUUAUUCACCGCCGUUUCUCUGGAUGCAAAUGGCGAUGUUACUAAAUUGCGCGUUGAAAAUUCUUGGGGUGAAGACCGUGGUGAAAAAGGUUAUCUAGUUAUGACUGCCGAAUGGUUCAAGGAAUUCGGUUUUGAAGUUGUGAUCGACAAAUCUUUUGUGCCGCCCGAAAUUUUGCAAGUUUUCGAUAUGGAUCCAAUUGUGCUUCCAGCUUGGGACCCAAUGGGUACCUUGGCCUAAUCUGCAUAAACCUGAUAAAAAUACGUAAUCCACUUUUUUUACAAACAUAUACAUUAAUACAUACAUGUAUACAUAAAUACAUACAUAUAUAUUAAAUAGUUUGUAUACAAUCCUCAAAUAAUGCAAAAUAAAUAGUAUCGGUUUAACAAGAAAAACUAUCAUAAAACAUA